CACUUCUCAGCCUUGUGGAAGGACGAACGCAAGCAGGGGUACCGCCUCCGCCGGCUGACUUGUACCAACUUCAAUACAUUGUUCUCUUCCGAACCACUUUUACAUCUUCAAAACAUCUUCGCAAUGCAGCCUACUUCUAAUGUGACUGAGAUGUGGACCCCUCCAUCAGCCUCACUAGGCAAUAUUCCUCGGGUGACCCCAGGGAAAAGUGGUAAUAAAGCUAUUGCUGGUGACUUCCCACUAGAUCAGAUCAUCAUUGACCAACUUCCCCAGGGGACCGUGGUUCUUUCCUGUAACCGGUAUGGAGCCUCCGCAUGGACUGUAACUGCGAGGAUCGAAACAACAGCUCCAAACGGAACGUCCAAGUUCUAUUUCCUGAAGUGCGCAGAGGAAGAUCAGGGCAAAGCCAUGCUCGAAGGCGAGUUCAACUCCAUGUGCGAGCUGUACAAGAAUGCCCCGGAUUUUGUCCCGGAACCAUAUGCUUGGGGCAAGCUAAAUGUUGCUCAUCCUGAAACCUAUUACUUCCUUUGCGAUUUCAUAGAGAUGACGAGUCAGAAUCCCGACCCGGAUCAGCUGUGUACCAAGCUAGCUCGCCUUCACCAGGAGAGUGUGUCUCCCAAUGGAAAAUUUGGAUUCCACGUGAAUACUUGUCAGGGCAAUCUCCCUCAGCAGACGAAAUGGCACGAGAACUGGAUGGGGUUCUAUAUACAACUCGUGAAUGGAGCCAUGCAACUUAACAGGGAGAGAAAUGGGACAUGGAAGAAUCUGGAGCAGGUUGUAGAACGCUUGAUCACGAAGGUAGUGCCUCAAUUGCUCGAACCCCUCGAAGCAGACGGACGAAAAGUGAAACCCUGUUUGAUACAUGGUGACUUGUGGGACGGAAAUGUCGGCACCAAUUUCGAAACGGGGGAGAUUUACGUCUUCGAUGCUAGUGUCUACUAUGCACACAACGAAAUGGAGAUUGCCAUGUGGCGCGGCAAAUUCAACAAAGUCGUUGCUUCAAGGAUUUACACAAACACCUACCUGGCCAGAAUGGGUAUUAGUGAGCCUGCUGAGCAAUUCGACGAUCGCAACUGUCUAUACAGUAGCUACAUGUUACUCCAUGAAUCGGCCUGCCACAAUGGAUCCAGCUUUCGUGAAGAAUGCUAUGAAAACAUGAAUUACUUGAUCGAAAAAUAUGCGCCAUUUGGUCCAGGGGAAUCGGGACUGCCGGAGACCUAA